GCCGCCCCCCCGCCGCCUGCCCGGCCCGCGCCUUCCCGGCCGCGGCGGGGCCGCGCCGCCUCCAUCGCCGCCUAUUUCGGGGCAGAGGCGGCGGGGCCGCUCGGGCGGGCCGCGGCUCCGGCUGGAGGUUUGGAUUUGCUUUGGAAGUCACAGAGCAGUCGCUGCCUCGUUCUACCUACAUGCAACCUUUAAUAUAGUAUUAUUACAAACAGGAAAAAAAGGAGACAAGUUAUCUCCAUUCCUACCAGCAAACAGGAGACUUUGCUCUGAAAUAACUGAUAACCAAGUGUGAAGCAUGAGGAUCAACUCUGCUGUUCAGGCUGCUAUUGACCUCACAGCAGGUGCUGCAGGUGGGACAGCCUGCGUGGUGACCGGCCAGCCCUUUGACACUGCAAAGGUGAAGAUGCAGACGUUCCCCAACAUGUACAAAGGACUUGUUGACUGUUUUGUCCAAACCUAUAAGCAAGUGGGAUUUCGAGGUUUCUACAAGGGAACCACACCAGCACUUGUAGCCAACAUUGCAGAGAACUCUGUUCUGUUCAUGUGCUACGGAUUUUGCCAACAAAUUGUGAGACGAAUUCUUGGAGUAGACAGGAAGACAAAGCUCAGUGAUCUACAGAAUGCUGCUGCAGGCUCCUUCGCCUCUGCCUUUGCCACCCUUGUCCUCUGUCCCACAGAGCUGGUGAAGUGCCGGCUACAGGCCAUGCAUGAAAUGCAGUUGUCAGGAAAGAUAAUCCAGGGACACAAUACAGUUUGGUCGGUAGUGAAGGGUGUUAUCCAGAAGGAUGGUCCCCUUGGAUUUUAUCGUGGCCUGUCAAGCACUUUGCUGCGGGAAGUCCCAGGCUAUUUCUUCUUCUUUGGAGGGUAUGAACUGAGCCGGACAUUCUUUGCCUCUGGGAGAUCAAAAGAUGAAUUAGGUCCCAUUCCUUUGUUACUAAGCGGAGGUUUCGGAGGCAGCUGUCUGUGGAUUGCUGUGUAUCCUGUGGACUGUGUGAAGUCCAGAAUUCAGGUUCUUUCAAUGGCUGGAAAACAGGCAGGCUUCAUGGGAACAUUUGCAACUGUUGUGAGAACUGAAGGCGUGCUUGCCUUGUAUUCUGGACUAACACCAACUAUGAUCCGUGCAUUCGUGGCCAACGGGGCACUGUUCCUUGCCUACGAGUACAGCCGGAAACUCAUGAUGAAACAAAUCGAUUCUUACUGAAAGCGUCUAGCAGACAAAGAAUAAGAGAUUUUUUAAGGGUCAUUUAAAUAAAUGAUGAAAAACACAUA